UGCUUAGGUAUCCAAUGAAAACCCGUGACCUCAGAAGCAGGGAGUGAAAGCUAGGUGGUUCAGUUAUCAGCUCUAGAAUAUCGUCGUGACUCGUGAGCAAACGCAAAAUACGUUAAAAUACGAGGUUUACCAACUUGAAACCGGACAAUUGCUUCGCGAUGGUGCGGGCUGUGUGGGCGGUGCUUCGGAUGGUGUCCUGCGAGGGAGCCGCUGUGCUGAAAUCAAACGUACCUGGCGCUGGCAGAGUUACUGCACCGCGAGACACAUCUAUUUACACGCCUGUUACUUUCUGCAGAGCUAUAUCAAGUGAGGUGAGACCGCCUGCAGUCACAAUGCCCAAGAUAACCACAGAUCACCUGGACGAGAAGCAGGUACAGCUGCUGUCCGAGAUGUGCAUCCUCAUCGACGAGGACGACCACAAGAUCGGAGCGGACACCAAGAAGAACUGCCACCUCAACUCCAACAUUGACAACGGUUUAUUACACAGAGCGUUCAGCGUGUUCAUUUUCAACAGUGAGGAGAAGCUGCUCUUACAACAGAGGUCUGAUGCCAAAAUCACGUUUCCAGGCUGUUUCACAAACACAUGUUGCAGUCACCCUUUACACACAGAGAGUGAGCUGGAGGAGAAGGAAGCAAUAGGAGUGAGGAGAGCUGCUCAGAGGAGACUCAAAGCUGAACUGGGUAUCCCCAUGGAACAGGUGACACCCGAUGAAAUGACGUACCUGACGAGGAUCCACUACAAGGCCCAGUCAGACGGCGUGUGGGGGGAACAUGAGAUCGACUACAUCCUCUUCAUGCAGAAGGACGUGGAGUUGAACCCAGACCCCAAUGAGAUUAAAAGCCACUGCUAUGUGAGCAAGGAGGAGAUGAAGGAGAUGUUAGAGAAGGCCAAGCGCAAAGAACUGGAGAUCACACCCUGGUUCAGUCUCAUUGCAGAGACCUUCCUGUUCCAGUGGUGGGACAACCUGCAGAACCUCAAGCAGUUCAUGGAUCACAACAGGAUCCACCGCAUGUAACCAAAACAGAGAUCGGCCUCUACCUUCAGUCAUUUAAAACCUGUCCGUUAAGCUGCUAGAGACCCCUGAUGAUCUGGGGGCAUUCGUCAACAUCUGAGUUAAUGCAAGGAGGGAUGAUAGCGUGACUCCCAGUAUUUAUGUAGUAUUUAGAAAACCUAUACAUCAGGUAGUCUGAUCAGAUGCACACUGCAGUAAAGCCAUUCAACAUCUUAUUUUAUUAGGAAAAAAAAUGCAAUCUUCUUAUUAACAACUUAAUGAAGUGAAUAGCCUAUUUUUAUAUAAAAACUUAAAGUGCCUGAGCACAGGUCAUUAGGUGAAGAAGAAGAAUAGUGUACUGAGGUAAUGUCACAACAACUACUCUACUACUUCUGUAUUUUGUCAACCAUGAUAUCAGUGAACAAGCUUUGUCUUUGCACUCUUUUACACAAUAAAGUGUUUGGUUGUUGUCAUUG